ACUGACGUUUCAAGCACUCGCCGAAUCUGUCUUUUUGUUUCGGCCAUUUUAGCCGAAAGUCUGGUGUUCUGUUAGAGUUACGUAUCCGUACGUAACUUGUAGAUCACAUAAAUAAACUUUAUACAAGAUGGUGCAGAAGAAGCCCAAGAAGAAGGUCGGAAAGAAGGUAGCGGCCGCUCCUUUGGUCGUUAAGAAAGUUGAACCCAAAAAGAUUGUGAACCCUCUCUUCGAGAAGAGGACAAAGAACUUUGCUAUUGGCCAGGACAUCCAGCCAACUCGUGACCUCUCCCGUUUCGUGCGAUGGCCCAAAUACAUCCGCAUCCAGCGGCAGAAGGCGGUGCUCCAGCGCCGUCUCAAAGUGCCACCUCCCAUCAACCAGUUCACCCAGACUUUGGAUAAGACCACAGCUAAGGGUCUAUUCAAGAUCUUGGAGAAAUACAGGCCUGAGACUGAAGCAGUCAGGAAAGAAAGAUUAAGGAAGGCUGCUGAGGCUAAGGUUGCCAAGAAAGACGAGCCGCCAGCGAAGAGGCCCAACACAAUCAGGUCGGGCACCAACACAGUCACCAAGCUGGUUGAGAAGAAGAAGGCACAGUUGGUGGUCAUCGCACACGACGUUGAUCCUAUUGAGCUGGUACUCUUCCUGCCCGCUCUCUGCCGUAAGAUGGGCGUCCCAUACUGUAUUGUUAAGGGCAAAUCUCGCCUGGGAGCCCUUGUACACCGCAAGACUUGCACAUGCUUAGCGCUCACACAUGUGGAAUCCGGAGACCGUGCAGCGUUCUCCAAGGUGGUUGAGGCCAUCAGGACCAACUUCAACGAGCGUUAUGAAGAGCUCCGCAAGCACUGGGGCGGUGGUGUGCUCGGCAACAAGUCGAACGCCCGUAUCGCCAAACUGGAGAAGGCUAAAGCUAGGGAGAUAGCGCAGAAGCAGGGCUAGGCCAAUAAAUAAUUAUGUAUA